AUGGAGAACAACGAGAACAGUCCCUCUACUAUCCUGACGCCCAAGUUAAGGAGCAGGAGGCCUCUGUCGGUGAUCAACAGCAACCUCGUACGAUCUCCAGUCGUCGACAAGCCUUCCAAGACACCUUCGAAGGUCGUCCUUACCUCAGAAGAGAAACAGGUCUCGAGCUACGAUCAACAGCCAGAACAGGAACGACAUGAGCAGGUGCAAGAACAAGCCCCGCUCCCCCGCAGCUCUUCCUCUUCGCCUUACAAGGUCGCUUCACUCCUCCUCCCGGCAUUUGUUGCUCUCUUGCUCCAGGCCGCCGUCCAUAACGGCGGACAAGAGACGGCAAGCCGCGACUCCUUCCGCGUCAAGAUCGCCUCGUGGCGCAAAGAGGCAGCGCUUGAGUGGAGGGCAUCGACCCAGUCUCGCAGCCUCGACGCCUCUGAGGAAGCAGGUUGGGGCCCCUGCGCCUUCAAGAGCCUCCACGAGUGGAGGGCAAACGCAGCAGAAGAGUGGCGGCAGUCGGCUGAGGCGCGAGAACUUCACAGGAAGGAAGAGGGGACUCGCUUCCCAGUCCCGGGCGACGUGGCCGAGUGGAGGAGGAGGACGUCGAGCGAGUGGAGAGGCUUCGUAGAUGCAGCAGCAGACAGGACAAGAGGGGCAGACUUGAGCGUUGCAUUCCUACAGCUCAAGAACGCUGACCCGCUCCGAGUGUCGUGGAGCCCUGUCAAGAGGUACGAUGUCCCGAGCUGGGCGUGA